AUGAAAUACGAAAGUCACGUGUCUAGAUGCCAUCUGGCUGGUUUCAUGCAGGAUUUGAUUCCUCCAGACCCCAGGCUGCAUUUCCGCAACUUUGGCUCCCAUGAGUUCGUUGUUUCUCUAGGUUCCUUGGCGUUUUUAUGGGCUGAUGGUGGGGAUGGGUUGCAUCAGGCUUCAGUCGGCAACUCGGCACCGCUACCCUCUGAGAGCGCGGAUCAGGCGGAGCCCUCAGACAGUAGCUGGUGGUGUUCCGUUGACCCACGCCAGACCGAGAUACAGCUGCGGUGUUCGCUUUACGAAAAUGGGGAACCCAUUUCGGACACGGUGACUGUGCGUCUCAAUCGCAACCAGAUUAUAGGAUAUCACUACAUAUUUUCCGGUACAUAUGCGCCAAGGUACCAUCGCGUGAAGCACCGUCAUACGUACAGGAGGGAUUCAACAUCACCAAUAUGUGGCAGCCGCAGCGUUUUCCGCUGCUCACUACGGCAUUCUACAGGAGAGCAAUGUGGAUUUUGGCUGCGGAGGCAUAUAAAAUGCCUAGUCGCAGCCCCCACCAUUGUGGAGGGACCUUCGGCCGAAGCAUAUUGGUACACUGAGCUGACAAGCUUGAUGUCUAGCUUUAAAUUGGGGGCCAAAUGUGAUGUUUCGGAUUCCGGAAGCCCAGCAGUUAAACGCCCAGCUCGUCGAUAUCGACAACGGCUCUGCAAUUGGCAUGCACGACAACAUGGCCGCAUAAAAGUCCCAAUUAUCGUCCACAUAGACACCUUUUUGCGAUUCCAAUCUCAUAAUAGGCGAUUUAAAGACUGCGUGAAUCUCACCUUGCGAAGCGAGAUUUUUCUGGAGGGUCGGUUAUUAGCGAAGUCGCAGUUGGACAUAACACCCAGAAAUAGCUCCGUAAACGGUUACAUGGACAUGUUUUAUGUUCACGAACCUCCACUACUGGAGUCAAAUGAAGCAUGUAACAUCCAUUCCUGCUGUUGCAGCCCCGCACAACGUCUUAUAUGCGCAUCCCACCUCACUAGGAUAUGCGAGGAAUUAAAACGUAUCAUUUCCUUCAUUUUCCGCCACGGCCCUAUACUAAAAACAUCUCGUAUGGGACCAUAUCGUUAUCUGAUGUAUUUUUACUUACAGGUUCUUGCCUUUUCCGGGUGCACGGGCCUAGAACGCUGCGCAGAAGUGCUUCCUAGAGCCAUAUUGACAGUGGGCGUAAUUCACCUGGACGAUUUCGUAUCUGCCAACCGGUGUAGCACGUACUCUACUAUGCAAUACCCAGGGGACACGCAUAGGCACUUGUCGCAUGUGUCGUGUUGGCCGCCCGAUCGUUAUGUGGAUGACUGCACGCUUUCUACAGAUGGACCCAACAUGUCGACAUUGGAUCGUAUAUUUGAAAACGCUGAAAAGAGGCACAGGAAUUGUGUUUGGCGUCGUCGCAUAGGAAGUGUCUACCUUGGACAGGGUUGUGAGGAAAAUACCAUACGAAGCAUGCUUCGUGGGAUGCCCAACGUUGACAACACCCCCGUAUGUGGAAUGCCUACCGUGCUGGGAUUCCUCAACGCCCCAGGUUUUUACAGGGAUCGGCAUAUGGUUUGUCCCAUGAUGGCGGAGGCUUUGAGUAUUAAUAGUAGCAUGUUUGCUCCCGGUGCCGGGCUUUCCUUCUUUCCGGAACCAUCCGAUAUAUCGUUCCUGAAAUGUUUGAUAUCAACACCCCUAUACAGUGUAAGUAGUGCCCCAGGAACAUUGGACACUUUUGAUGUGACUAGGCCGUGUGGUUCCAUCGGUUACCGGAAGGUAAACGAGUUGGUGUGGCGUUAUCAGCAACUUAUGGCUAUGUCAGGAGGAGCGUUAAGUACUUUCCUUCGUUUCGUUGAUUGGAGUUCGCCGUCAGAGAGUUAUGCUGCGAUAAGUGCUAUGCACACGUGGCAAAAACCUGGUUUAGACACGCUCCUGGAGCUUGUUUCACGCGAUUUCUCCCCCCCUCACGUGCCUGCAGAGGUGCAGGAGUAUGCGUGCGAUCUGUUGAUUAGGAAGUAUACUACGAAAACCUUGGUUCGGUUCUUACCUCAGCUAGUCGCUGCCCCGGGUUCGCGCAAUGUGAUUAGCCACUUGAUAGAAGCAUCUCGUACGGACUAUGAGACAGCCAUCAACAUGUAUUGGGCGUUGGAGAGCUGGGAGAAGCAAAUAACGCACCCAUCGCAUGAGAUGUCCCAUUUUCUCAGCGUGAUUCAGGAAGCUGGUGAAAGUAAAGAUGUUUUUGGCGCUAUAAAGUCUCAGCGUUUGUUGCGACAACGCCUACACUACCUCAUGCAACGCUUGCAAUCGCAUGAUUACACUGAGAAAAACACCACACUGGCGGGAGCGCUGCAAAGCGAAGAGGUGCGUGAGUUUUUUCAUGGUUUGGGGACUUGCAUGGAGCCAGGCGCGAACGUCAGGUUCAAUGUGCCCAUACCUUUAUUCAGCAGCCCAUCAUUUUUGAUACGAGCCAUUGACACAGGUCGUUGCAGUGUCGUCAAAACCAGCCACGACCCAAUUCUGUUGGCAUUUUACGUGUGUGAUUCUGCAGCUGCUAGGCAAGGACUGGAUAGCGCUAGGUCCUCGGCAGGGCAUACAGAGAAAACUACUUCGUCACCAGGGCAUAGCGAGAUGCAUAUGAGAUACGUAAUGUUCAAAAACAGUGAUGACCUUCGUUUGGAUCAGUUGUGUCAACAGGUCGCCAAGGUUGCGGAUGUUCUCCUGCGGCGCCAUGGCGUUGAGUCGUAUAUCCAAAGCUAUGCGGUAACCCCGACUAGCCCCAGGGAUGGCUUUGUGGAGUUUUUGAUGGAAACAAAAUCACUUUCUGCUGUUAUGUCUGACCACGGCAGCGUUCAAUCAUAUGUUUUAGGCGACAGUCCGUCAGUGGUGGACGCAUUGACCAAACGGCUGAACUUUGUCGGCAGUUUGGCCUCCUAUAGCGCGCUGACAUACCUUUUGGGCAUUGGGGAUCGUCACAACGACAACCUGAUAGUUAGCCGUAGCGGACACGUGGUACAUGUAGACUACGGGUAUGUGUUGGGAUCAGACCCCAAACCGUUUACCGCUCCUCCCUUCAAAUUAUCGACCGAGUUGUUAGAAUUUCUGGGAGGACGCAAUUCUUACUUCUACCAUCGGUUCAAGGAGCGCUUCUAUCUGGUGUUCACGAUAUUGCGCCGCCAUGCGAAGCUGAUUAUCAUGCUGUUAUACAUAUUGGUUGAUAGCAAUUUGAAAAACGUGAAUCUUAGUGCCAUGGUCGAGAUGGAAUCUAAGUUCAUGCUGACACAACAUCGGGACUAUGACCUGCGUCGGCACGUUGAUUCGCUGGUUGAGACUUCUGCCUCGGCGUGGGCCGCCACUUUGUCCGAGAAGUGGCAUAAGCUUGCGAUGAGAUGGACAUGA